CACUCUGUGGGUGAAAAAUUGAAAGAAAAAUUCACUCGCUUGCUUUGCUUUUCUUUAUUAACAGGCUUUGUGCUCACUGCAGCUCACUAUAGGGAGGUAUGAAGCUAUUAAUGUUGUAAUAAUCCUCCUGACCUUUUCCUUAAGAUGUUUACCGACUCUUUAUAUAGAUAGGCUAUGUACUUCAGAUCUGAAUUUAGGGAUUAUUGGUUAUGGACAUUUUUUUUUUAGCUUAUCUUUUAUUUACACUCCAUGUAUAUAACUUGGGAGAAAUAUUGUACAUGAGCCACAACUAUAGCACUUAUUGAAGCUUAUCAUUUAUUUGAAUAAAAUAAAAUAAAUAAAAUACUGUCUGUUGUACAUUGACAAUGAAGUAAAUUUGGACAUGGAUUUUUUUUAUUAUUAUUAUUUUUCUCUUUACUGAUCUCUUGGUGGCAGUGAGGAUAGGACCAGGGUGCUGAGAUAAUCAGCUAGUGGCCUGGCUGAAUAGGACUUAGGCAUGAGGAGUGUGUCUUUAAUAAGAACAUAAAGAGCUUGCGGAGCAACAGCCUGGGAGAGGAGACGAGAGACACAGCAAACAUUUUUAACUUGCGCCUUUUUCUUUUGAGGCUUUUUUUUUUUUUUUUUUAACUGACAAGUUCUUCACAGUGACAGUUUUCUGUAAACACAGAGAAGACAGACUAGAGAGGAUAAAGACUUAAAGAAGUCUGUUGAGGCAGUGGACCCCAGCUUUGCUGCUGAUCACCUGAUCAGUUUUGCAUGAGCAGAUCCUUAUUCACCUUCAACACUAUUAGGGAAACACCUUGCUGACGGUUGGCUAGGACGCCCCUGCUGCUGCAGGUAUCACUGUCAGUCCCUCUUUUUCUCCACAGCUUCAUAAUUAUGCAUUGCAAAAUAUAGCUUUUUAUUAAUUUUUUUAAGUUUUAAGUCAAGACCAGAUUUGAACCUCGUUUGAACCUCUUGCGGUGCUUACAAAGCGAAGAUGAGCAUCAAAAACGAAGAUGUGGAGAAGUUUCUAGAUGGAAACCAAGAGUUCACGAAGAGAUACUUUGCAAAAAAGCUCAAACCUGGAACUGUGGCAUCCAUCAUGAAAGUCCCAGAGUCCAAAGUGGAUUUGGACUCUUUUGGGAUGAUGUGUCAGGUGGAGGAAGGCGCAAUAUUCUUCGAUUUGAUCAAAGAGAUGCAGGAGAACGUCAACAUGGAGAAGGUGAUCUUCAAAAUCCUGAAGCGAGUCAGUGCUCUGAUCCAUGCUGACCGAUGCAGCCUUUUCAUGUACAGGCAGAGGAAUGGCAUCGCUGAAUUGGCCACUCGACUGUUUAACGUCAAUGCUUCAUCAAAGAUGGAAGACUGUGUGGUUCCACCAGACUCUGAGAUUGUCUUCCCUCUUGAUAUCGGAAUAGUCGGGCAUGUCGCCCAAACCAAGAAACACAUCAAUGUCAAGGAUGUUAAAGAGAAUAGCUACUUCAGUACGUUUGUUGAUGAGCUGACAGAAUACACCACCCGCAACAUCUUGGCUACUCCCAUCAUGAACGGCAAAGAUGUGGUGGCGGUCAUCAUGGCAGUCAAUAAAAAUAACGGACCCUAUUUCACAGAUGAGGAUGAAGAUCUUUUUUUAAAGUAUCUCAAAGUUGGCACGUUGAACUUGAAGAUUUACCACCUGAGCUAUCUGUACAACUGCGAGACACGUAAAGGCCAGCUGCUUUUGUGGUCCGCUAACAAAGUGUUCGAGGAGCUCACGGAUAUCGAGCGUCAGUUCCACAAAGCUUUGUACACAGUACGGGCAUACCUCAACUGUGACCGCUACUCUGUCGGUCUGCUGGACAUGACCAAGGAAAAGGAGUUCUUUGAUGUCUGGCCUGUGUUGAUGGGAGAGCAAGCACCAUACUCUGGUCCCGUCACUCCAGAUGGGAGGGAAAUCAUUUUCUACAAAGUCAUUGACUACAUUUUACACGGAAAAGAGGACAUUAAAGUCAUACCAAAUCCACCUGCAGAACACUGGGCACUGGCUAGCGGCCUACCCACCUACGUAGCAGAAAGUGGCUUUAUCUGCAAUAUCAUGAACGCACCUGCAGAGGACAUGUUCAAAUUUCAGAGCGAGGCACUUGAUGAAAGCGGCUGGACCAUUAAAAAUGUGCUGUCUCUGCCAAUCGUCAACAAAAAGGAAGAAAUUGUUGGAGUGGCAACUUUCUAUAACAGGAAAGAUGGCAAGCCAUUUGAUGAGCAGGAUGAACAACUAAUGGAGGCUUUGACCCAAUUUCUGGGCUGGUCGGCGCUCAACACAGACACCUACGACAAGAUGAAUAAACUGGAGAACAGGAAAGACAUCGCCCAGGACAUGGUGCUGUACCACGUCAAGUGUCGAGAUGAUGAGAUUCAGGAUAUCCUUAAAACCAGGGAGUAUUUCGGGAAAGAACCAAAGGACUGUGAAGAGGAUGAACUUUGGCAGAUCCUGAAGAAAGAACUUCCAGGGAAAAAUAAAUUUGAGAUAUACGAGUUCCGGUUUUCCGACUUUGACUGCACAGAACUGGAAUUGGUGAUGUGUGGCAUCCAAAUGUACUAUGAAGUUGGUGUUGUGAAGAAGUUUCAGGUCCCUCAGGAGGUUCUAGUGCGGUUCAUGUACUCAGUGAGCAAGGGCUACAGAAAGAUCACCUAUCACAACUGGCGCCAUGGCUUCAACGUUGGACAAACCAUGUUCACAUUACUAACGACAGGGCAGCUGAAGCGAUACUACACAGAUUUGGAGGUCAUGGCUAUGAUCACUGCUGGAUUCCUACACGAUAUUGACCACAGAGGCACCAAUAAUCUGUACCAAGUGAAAUCCCAAAAUCCAUUAGCAAAGCUUCAUGGUUCAUCCAUUCUGGAGAGGCAUCAUUUAGAAUUCGGCAAGUUUUUACUUGGAGAUGAGUCUUUAAACAUUUUCCAAAACUUGAACAGAAGGCAGACGGAGCAUGUUUUCCACCUAAUUGACAUCGCCAUUAUUGCAACUGACCUUGCCUUGUAUUUCAAGAAGAGGACAAUGUUCCAGAAAAUUGUGGAUCUUUCUGAGACGUAUGAGGACGAGAAGAAAUGGGUCGAUUUCCUUUCUCUGGAAACGACGAGGAAGGAAAUUGUAAUGGCCAUGAUGAUGACUGCUUGUGAUCUGUCAGCCAUCACCAAACCAUGGGAAGUUCAGAGCAAGGUGGCACUCUCUGUAGCAGCUGAAUUCUGGGAGCAGGGUGACUUAGAGAGGACUGUACUUGAGCAACAACCCAUUCCCAUGAUGGACAGGAACAAAGCUGCAGAACUCCCUAAGCUUCAGUGUGGUUUUAUAGACUUUGUCUGCACUUUUGUCUACAAGGAGUUCUCACGGUUCCACAAGGCCAUCCAACCCAUGUUCGAUGGCAUCCAGAACAACCGAAAAGAGUGGAAGGCUUUACAGGAGGCGUAUGAGGCGAAGCUAAAGGAGGCUGAAGAAGCAGCCAAGGCGAAAGCAGAAGCAGAAGCAGCUAAAAAAGGUUCGGCAAAGACAUCACAUAAAAUUCUGACUAAAUAUUUGCUUCAUUUGUUAUUGAAAGUGAAAAAAUAGGUGGCAAACUAGGUUACAUGCAUCAAUCAGCCAUAAUAUUAAAACCACUGACAGGUCAAGUGAAUGGCAUUGAUUAUCUCAUUACAGUAGCACCUGCUGAGGGGCGGGAUAUAAUAGGCAGCAAGUGAACA